AUGAAAGUCGCAAUAGAUUGGGGGGAUGUAGGCAAGGAGUUUGCAGUUGAUCUGGGUAUCGAGCUGGGUUCGACCUUGUUGUUGACAGGGAGUUUCGGUGGACCUGUUGGUCUGUUUAUCUCUGCAGUAGUUAGCGUGCUUACAACUAUCGCUUUCGCCUUUAUCGGGGGUCUUAUUCGGAGAAAUAAGGAGCGCGGGGUGUUAAAGGAUCUGGUGGAUCAGACACGUGUUUUAAUGCCUGAUGCAGGUAUCGGGUUCCAGUUACUAUGGAGCGAGAUUGACAAAAUGUGGGAUAAGCAUGGUUUGGAAAGGACUGUCGAGCUAAUCAAGGAACGGCUAUUUUCAGGGGAGUUGCUGGAGAUUGGAGAACUUACAGAUAAAAACUGGCACCACUACAAACACGGUGACGAGGGCAACGUGUAUGUGGGUACACCAUACACCGAAUCCUUUAAGAAAAUCGAAGGUGAUGAUCUCAAGGCAUACAGAAUCGAUGAUAACGGCUACAGUUUCCAGUACACGUCACCAAACGGUAUAGAGAAAACCUUUAGUUUCCCCACUGACUUUAGGUUCCAGUCUACUGAAGAGUUGUAUGAUAUGUUUAGAAAGGAAUAUAUAUUCGCAAAUGAGGUAGAACAGAUACAGAGUGAAAUCGACAACUACUAUACAACUGAAUUUAUGGUAGACGGUGUUUCGUUACCAGGGAGUGUGAGGGGUAAAGAAGGUAUGGAAAGGCUAAAACGUCAGCUUGAAGAGUUACAGUUUACACGGAUACGUGAAUCACGUGACGGAGUUCGUAUAAUACAGCAGCGUCAAGUAUGGUACCUCAAACAGCAUACAGAAGAAGAGUUUGGUUCGGAGGCGAUGGCAGCUCAGAUAAAGGGGCUACAGUCAAGCGACAUCGCUACAGCCACUACGUUUACACGUAAAGAUACAAAUGGAAAUAUCGUUCCACUCGAACAGUUUAUGGUCUUGUUUAUGGAAACACAGUUUGUAUCUGUGGAGAGCUUUACAUCUGAUCCUAGUUGGGCUGACAGCGGUUUAGACAUUGACGACUUUGAACAGGUCAUGGUAAACGGAGAAAUGAGGCUGCGAGGUCUUUUUAAAGAUUUCCCAGGGUCUAUCAAGCAGUAUAAUGAUAUGCUGUGGGACGUGUCGGAUUGGUCCACAGACGAUUACUACAAUGGUGUACUUGGUGAUGAUUUGACCCCAGAUGAUGUGUUUGACAAGUUUAAGGAAACGCUGGACAAGUUCGAUGAGGAAAGUACCCGGUACGAUUCCGAGUAUGUGGAAAAGGUGCAGAAAGAACAGGCCGACGCGAUCGCUGAUGCUGUAGACGCAGAAGUACGUCUCAACAAAGUAAAGAAUACUAACAUGUACAAACCUGAUGUGAUGAACAGUGCCAGGGGAAAUACCAAACAGUUUGCUGUCGGGUAUGGUAACGGAACAAAUGCCGGCGGUACUCGCCAGCAAUAA